ACUGGUAUUUGAUUAAAUGCGCAAAAGGGUUUGAGAAAUUUCGCUCUUUCUGUUAUUGGUUGCUAUCAAAUUGAAACAGAGUUUUGAGUUGAAAUUUUGUGUUUUGAAUUGAAGUAGUUUGGAGGAAUAGGGUAAGAAGGGAUGGCUCGAGAUGGGAGCCCUGUCCCUGCGGACCCACAGGCUAUGGUUGUUGUGAAAAAGAAGACACAAACUUCGAGAAGUUGGAUUUUGAUUGAUGCUAUGGGUCAAGGGUCGAUGCUUGAUGUUGACAAGUAUGCUAUCAUGCAUAAGAUUCAGAUUAAUGCACGUGAUCUUAGAAUCCUUGAUCCUUUGCUUUCUUACCCUUCUACCAUUCUUGGUCGUGAGAAGGCUAUUGUGCUUAACUUGGAGCAUAUCAAGGCAAUUAUCACAGCUGAAGAGGUUAGUUAGCUUUUAUUUUAAUUUGUGAAUGUGUUGUUGAUUGCUGAUGGGGAAUGAAGUUUUUUUUUUGUUAUAACAUUUUACAAUGAAGAAUUAUGGUUUU